AUGAAACAAUUGAUUCCAAGUCCUAAGACUUAAUCUCUUAUCAGAAUUACAUAGACAGGAUACUCAAAACAUUCAUCAAGUAAGGGUAGGUCAAAUUAAAAAAAUUAAAGUUUGCCUGGAUUUCCAACCUAGUAAAUUGAUAGGGAAGAUGAUGAAGAAGUAAAUGGUAUGUUAAUUUAGACAAAAGAAAUCAAUAAAUUAGUGUAAGAUUAAGAACUAUCCUCUUUGGAAUAAAUAUAAGAUAAAGGAAGAUCAUUAUUAAUUGAUAAUCAGCAUUAAGUAUUUGAUAACCAUUUGCAACUGAUUAAACCUAAUCUAUCAAAUGCUAGUGAGUAAGGUUUAAGAAAGUAUUAUCUGAAGUCAGAACGAUAUAAGGAAAUGUAGCAAUUUUAUCAUGUUGAUAAGAAUAUAUACGGAAGAAUGAGUGAAAAGAUAUAAACAGAGAGACUGAUGCCUAGAACAUUAAAGUUAUUGACAGACUCUCCUGAUAAAUUAGUAGCCAAUAAUAUAUUUGGAAGUGAUAAAUACGUAUAAUUAUUUGCUGAAGGGAUCAGCAGUUCUCAUUUUAAUAAUUUAAAGAGAUUAUAAUUAAGAAAUAACAAGCUGAAUAAUAAUCGAACUUGUCUAUUGACAUAGAGACUUCCUAGUUCUAUAAUUGAGUUAGAUUUCAGUAAUAAUAAAAUUGGUACUUCAGGAAUACAAAGCAUUUGUAAUUAUAUAUCUUCUAGAAAUUAUAAUAUUCAGCAUUUAAAUUUGGAGGAUAAUAAUCUUAAAGAUUUAGCUGUCCUUACUAUUUUGAAAACAUUGAAUGAUAGCAAAUCAAUUAGAGUUUUAAAGUUGUCUAAAAAUUAGAUAACUGAUUUACCAAUGGAUGCAUUUGGAUUACUACUCAAAAAGGUAUUAUAUCAUAUCAUAUAAAAGAAUAAUUCAUUAUAAGAAGUUUACUUGCACUUUAAUUAGAUUAAAAAUUCUGGAGGCUUGACAAUCAUGAAAAGUUUAAUAAAGAAUUAAUUUUUAAAGGUUUUAGAUCUUUCAUUUAAUAAAUUAGGACAAAACCAAGAAUUUAUAUCUGCAUUGUCUGAGUAAUAUUAAUAUUAAAUAAUAGUGUUUUAAUUAAACCACAUCCAGAAUUAACUCAUUUAGAUUUAUCAUUUAAUAAAUUCAAUGAUGAUGAUGCUAUCGCUAUACAUAAAGCUCUUAUAUAUAAUUAAUAAUUAUUUGGGUUUCAUUUUUCAGGCAAUCCUCAUAAUUAUUAUGUAAAUCCUAGAGCCUUUUUGGUUAAAGAGAUUCAUUAUGAUGAGAAUAAAUCAGAUCCUAAACUUUUUAAGAGAAUUAAUAGUGUGAAUUGCAUAAAUACAAAAACUAAAGAAAAUUGUUGGAUUUGUGAAGGUUGGGUAGAGAUAGGAUUUCAUUAUUCAGGAAUUGAGUAUUAACAUCCCAUCUUUUUACAUAUUGAUUUUGAAUAGUAUAGGCCAAUCUUAAUGAAUUAAUAGACUAAUAGCUAUUAUUUAUAGAGAAUGUGUCCCCCAAAUAAAAAGAUUCAUUACUUUUUUAGCAAUCCUAUAUAUGAUGUAAGAUUUGUAGCUAAGGAUUAAAGAACUUUAACUCUUGAUAUUAAUGAAGAAAUAAGGAAAAAAGGCAUUGAAUUAUAAUAUGCAGAUGGUUCAUUAGCAUUUGUUUAAUUAUCUAUUGUGAAUUAUAUUCAUACAGAAUAGAGUGGAAAUAUUAUAGAUUCUUCUAGACAUUACAUGGCAAAUAUAACAUGUAGACCAAGGGAAUCAGAAUCGAUUAUUGAUAUUGAUUUGAAUAAAGCAAAAAAACGAGUUUGGUCUUAUGAAAAUUCAAUUUUCAAGGAUUUUUAACCAGAUACAGAAGGACAUCUUUUAGAUUGCUUUGAAUUUGACUUUGAAUGUGGGAAAUUGAUUAAACAUUUGCAAAACUAAUAGGAAAUUGAAUAAUUGAAAGAUAAGAUGAAAAAGAUAUACAAAUAUAUUAUUGGUUGUUAUCAUUAUUUUUGUGCUAAAACACUAAAUUAUGAUAUACCUUGUAUUAAUUUACAAAGCUUUUUAGAUUUUAUUUCAUAAACAAGCAUACUUGAAAAAUCAUUGAUGAAUUCUUUAGAUCUAUAAUUAACAUUCUUAUCUAGUUAUGUAGUUAUGAAAUAAACUAAUUAUAUUCAUAUUUAAGAAAAAUGUUUAGUUAGAUUUUAAUUUGUUGAAAUAAUCGUAAGAUUAGCUAAAGAAUAAUACAUAAGGACAGGAUUAGCUAAUAAUAUGGCUGAAGCUUUAGAAAUGUUAUUUGAAUAAGAUGAAGUAUUGUAAUUUAUGUAAAAAUUUGGAAUCUCAUAAGAUUGGAGAGACAAUCGUUAUUGGACAGAAUUAAUGGACUAUACAAUUAGAAUUAAGAUGCCUGUUUUAGUUAUAUUAUUUGAAAAUGCUUGUAAAUAAACAAUGAAACAUGGAAAUAAAUAUAUAACAUUAUCAGAUUUUAAGUAAUUUGUAGAUCAAUUUGAAUUACAAAAAUACAUUUCUGAAAAAGAAUUAUAUUUAAUAUAUCUUUAGAGUAUGUAAACACAAAGAGAUGAGUUGAGAGAGUCAAAGUUUUUGAAGAUGGAAUUGUUAGAGUUUAUAGAAGCUAUUACUAGAUUGGCAGAGAGAAUUUCACCUGUGACUCCUAUGUAUGCAAAGAAACAUAGCAAUUUGAUAAAUGAUGUUUCAAGAAGAACUUUCCCUUUAUUUGUGAAAUUUGAAGGAAUGAUUAUUGUUAUGUAUCAGAAAUUGAAAUCUAUAUUUUUGGAAAUUCCAAAUGUAGAAAAAGAAAUAAUUUAUAAAACAGUCAUCAAAUCAGAUAAAGCUAGAAAAUUGGGAAUCUAUGGUAUAAAAUUAGUAUAAUCAUUAAAUAGAGGAAGAUAAUAGUUCCGAUGAGGAGAAAAUAAAAUCUAUAAGAAAUUUAAAUCUUUUGCCAGAUGAAGGAUAAUUACCUCCACCAUCAUAAUCUAUUGGAUGGAACAAACUUAGAUAAUGGGCUUAAAAAUAGAAGAGAAUUUCUAUGGAAUCUGCAAAUAUUUUAGAAUAAUUGGAAAGAUAUUAGUUGUAAGAAGAAGAAAUGUUUUAGAAAUAAGGUAGUGCAUAUUCUGGAUAUGAUAAAUAUAAGAUUACUUAAGAAAAGAGGAAAAGAGAAGAAUAUAAAAAAACUACUCUAUACUAGGAUCCUUAAUUUAAAUUCGAAGAAGAAGUGUCUAAUUGA